GACAACCUUCCUGAAAAGUGACGUUUUACGCGCAUGCGCUUGAAUGAUGGGCGGAGUCAAUGAUUCGGUCAGGAAGAAGAGGAAAGGCGGACGCAGAAACAUCAAGUGAUGGCUGCUAUCAGGAAAAAGUUGGUCAUAGUUGGAGAUGGAGCAUGUGGAAAGACCUGUCUGCUCAUUGUCUUCAGUAAGGACCAGUUCCCAGAGGUCUAUGUCCCCACAGUGUUUGAAAACUAUGUGGCUGACAUUGAAGUGGAUGGCAAACAGGUAGAACUAGCACUUUGGGAUACAGCGGGGCAAGAGGAUUACGACCGACUGAGGCCUCUCUCCUACCCUGACACAGAUGUUAUUCUCAUGUGUUUCUCUGUCGACAGUCCGGACAGUUUAGAGAAUAUUCCAGAAAAGUGGACACCAGAAGUGAAGCAUUUCUGCCCGAAUGUACCCAUUAUCCUUGUGGGUAAUAAAAAAGAUCUGCGCAAUGAUGAGCACACCAGACGGGAGCUUGCGAAAAUGAAACAGGAGCCAGUUAGAUGUGACGAUGGCAAGGAAAUGGCAAACCGCAUCAGUGCCUGUGGCUACCAGGAGUGCUCUGCCAAAACCAAAGAUGGUGUGCGGGAAGUCUUUGAGAUGGCAACUCGAGCUGCGUUGCAGGCCAAGAAACGUGGCAAGAAGUCCAUCUGCCUUCUGCUAUAGGCAGUGGCACAACAGAAAGUCACCCUUUAAGUGCGGAUGCAGAGCUUGCAUUGAGAAUUUGAUGUUGGGGAGGGCCCCCAAAAAAAACUUGUUCUGACACAAUUUCUGAUCGCACAUCAGCAAGCUUAGGCAGAUUAAAUGUAAAUUGAUA